AUGACGUUCCACGCCAAACAGCCGUUGAACAGGGAUUACAACCAGGACAUGGUGGAAGGCGGGUCUGCCUUGGCGGCGUCCGUCGAGAGGCCAGCCGGAGAUGGUGCGAGCCCUGGUGACCGUCAUGAGCAGCAACAGGCCGCGCAGAUGAUCCAGCGCAAUUAUCGCGGAUACAGAGAACGGCGCCAGCUCCAGGGCAUCGGGCUGGAUGCUAGUGCACGCUGGGCAGAAGCUGUACGAGACGCGAAAUGGCGCAAUGCAACACGCCUCAAGUCCCGCGCAGACAGCACUCCAAAUCGAGAUUCCCUCGCGACUCCUGAACAGCGCGCCCGCGCGAACUCCGCGGCAGCGCGAAACAACUGGAAGCGUGUAGGCGAGAUCGCGCGUCGAGCCGGCGCAGACGAUGCGCCCGAUGCGCGCUCCGAAUCGGACACAGCAGACGAGCGGUCUCCUGAAGAGCGUAUCAACCAGCGGCGAAAGAAGGUGGAACAGAAAUCCGAGCGCGACAAGACGGCCAAGAUGAUGGACCUGCCCUAUUUCCUCGAGAUGGUGGACCAGAAGCACCGGUACGGCUCGAACCUACGCGCAUACCACGAACACUGGAAGAAGGCCUCGACGAACGAGAAUUUCUUCUACUGGCUCGACAAAGGCGAGGGGCGGACCUUUGAGCACCCUACCGUGUCAAGAGAGAGGCUGGAGAAAGAGCAGGUUCGGUAUCUGUCGCGCGAGGAGCGGCUGAACUACAUGGUGAGAAUCGACGAGGAAGGCCGACUGUGCUGGGCGAAGAACGGUGAGCGGAUCAACACAACGACCGAGUACAAAGAUAGUGUGAAUGGAAUCGUUCCCGUCGACGACGAUACGCCGGCAUAUGGGCCCAACGGGCAGCUGCUGCAUGACGGACAGAGCCGGAACUUCAGACACUCGAGGAGCUCUUCGAUAACGUCUUCAAGUUCGAGUUCGUCGGCCGAACACAGCGAUGUGGAGGGCGAACACUAUGUCAACGAGGAUCUGGACAAGGCGAAGGGGAUCAAGAAGAUCAAGCAUGUAUCCGCGGCGACUAUACUGAACCACCUGUUGCGCAGUUCGGUCAAGCCGAAUUCCUGGAUCUUCGUCGCGGAUACUUCCUUCCGCCUUUACAUUGGCAUCAAGCAGUCCGGCGCCUUCCAGCACUCGUCGUUUCUACACGGCGCGCGGAUAUCAGCCGCAGGCCUCGUCCGCAUCAAAGAUGGGCAACUGCGUCGUCUCUCUCCACUCUCAGGCCACUACCGCCCGCCCACGAAGAACUUCCGUGCGUUUGUGCACAGCAUGCAGGACAACGGCGUCGACAUGAGCCGCGUCAGCAUCUCGCGUUCGUAUGCGGUGUUGGUGGGGCUCGAAGCCUACGUUCAAACGCGGCGGAAGGUCAAGAAGAGCGUUGGCGCGGUCAAAGACGCCGAGACGAAGGUGGUGCAUCCUGAGGUCUAUGAGAAGAAGGUGGAAGAGCAAAAGGACAACAGCAAGAGCGCGCAGCGAGAACGACAGCUGCUUGCCAACCAGGCGGAGAAGAAGGAAGCCGAGCAGAAAGAAAAGAGUUGGGGGCGCCGAAUAUGGAGGAAGAUCAGUCGAAACGGCGAGAGGGACAAGCCCGCGAAUCGAGAAAAAGAGCAGGCGAAAGAGCAGGCGAAAGAGCAGAGGAGGAGUAAGGUGCUGAGCAAGUCUGGCCAGGAGGUGGAAAGUGGAAUACCGCCGGGUGGCAAGGGAGACGGUCUGUCGAAGAGUGCACCACAGCCGGCUGCGGCGAGCGGCGUGCCUGCUUGA